GGUUUUGGUAGGCUAUGUUAUGUGGUUGUAUUCAAAAAAAUAUGGAAGUAAUACAUAGUGACUAUUUGACUUUCUGAUAAAUAACGUUGCUAUGUUGAUAUAUGAGAGUAUGCUUCCAGCACUUCGUAGCACAGUAUGUGCAUAUGAACGGCGUACUGGGCUGUAUUGUAGACAACAUUAUCUAGCACUUAUGCGAGGCAUGGAUACUACAUCAACUGGGUACGGCAAUCAAAACUCUCUUUUGAAUACUUCUAUCAAUAGACACCAUACCACUACUCUUUAUAUACAUCUUGCGGCAAGGGGACUGAGUUGGAAGACCCAUGCGAAAUGGUAUACAACGGACGAUGGUAAGAGCACAAACUUGCUUCAAAAAGUUAAGAUGGGCGAAGAGGAGCCUGCGACGCUAAUCUCAAUACACAGUCGACAAGCGUUUGUGCAAACUAUAAAAGCAUGCAAAGUGCGCGAAUGGGAGAGGGCUUACUUACUUCUGCGACAGAUGGGGUCGGCAAAUCUAAAGCCUGAGAAAGACUUGUAUAAUAGGGUGUUGAUGAAGUGUGCCCUAUCUCAGAAGUGGGAGAUUGCGCUCGAAUUAUUACGACAGAUGCAAGUAGUGGGAACUGAACCCGACACGACGACGUAUAGGCAUGUCAUGUCUGUGUGUGUAGAGAACAGUCAAGCUGUGCAAACAAUCCUACUCUGGGAGGAGAUGACCAAAAAAGAGUUAAAGUUGGAUGUUGCUGCUUUCAAGAACGCCAUAUGCGCGUAUUGCCAAAACGAUCAGAUUAUGGAGGCAAACAGACUAAUCGAGACGAUGCAGUCGGAGGGGUUUAAACUCAACCAUGCUAUUUAUAUGGCACUUAACGCUGCAUACGAUAGACAAGGGGAUGCAGUCAGGGCGCGACAAGUAAUGCAGGAGAUGAACUUCAACCUAGAAAACAGCUCCAUACAUUCGCUUAAUGCAAUAAGGCAACUACUUUAUAAGGGGGAGUUGCAAGAGGCAACGAGUAUAUAUCGGGGCGUGUUGAAGUACGACAAGAAGGCGACAUAUAACACAUACUCGCUGAUAGCGACGGACUGUCAGAGUGCGGGUGCGUGGCAACUGGCGCUUGAAAUACUGCGCGAUAUGGAAGGGAGAGCUCACAAAGCCACCCAUGAUUUCUAUUGUAAGGUUAUUCGUUCGUGUCAGAAAGACGGUGAAUUGAGUACCACUGUAAAUAUGCUGCAUGAAAUGGAAAGAAAGGGGUUGGGGUUUAAUAACCACACCCACAGUGCUUUGGUUGGCGUACUGAAGAAUAAGAAGGCUCGGACGGAAGUGCUAAGUUUGUUGACAGCAAUACAAAGUGUCAAUCCCUCACUCAAACCACUAAUAUACAACGCAGCGGUAAAUGCCUGCUAUCGAGAUACCGAGUGGGAGGAAGGCAUUCGAAUGUUUCAAACCAUGCAGCAGACUGAUGUAGCGAUAGAUAACAGCACCUAUAUCAGUACUCUGACAGCAUACCGUGCGGUUAAGCGAUCGCCCGAGGUUCUCGACGUGUUGCGACGCCUGCAAUCUGACCACGCAAACUUAAGUUACAGGACGUACACCGUGGUCUGUCAGGUGUGGCAGGAUAUACAGCAGUGUGCGAACCCUUCUGACCUUCUCAAGACGAUGCAGUGUCACCACAUGGAGCUUGAUUUGUUCGCGUACAAUACGGCUCUGGUGAACUGUGGUACAGUGGGCGACUGGCAGGCCGCUCGUGGCCUGAUGGUAGACAUGGAGUACAAAGACAUCGGCUCUGAUAUCAUCACAUACAAGGCAUUAAUUGUGUCCUGCAUUAAGGCUGGGAAGUGGGUGGUUGCUGUCGAUAGUCUGCGUGCUAUGCAGGCUGCAGGCUUCACCCCCGAUACCAGAGACUACAACAAAUGUAUCGCUGCGUGCCGUUGGGGGGAGCAGCCGCUUGUCGCGGUGGACCUGAUCGAGGAGAUGCAUAAGAAGGGCGUGAUGCCAAACUGGGACUGUUAUACAGAGGCGAUACACGCGUGUGGGAAGGCUGGCGAGAGACGACUGAAGGCGCAGUUGAGGGCUGACAGAGAGAAACUGACGAAGCGACCCCCAGGCUACUCGUAGAGCACAUCACAUGCGCCUACACAUUCGCGUACAGAGUGAGGUAAGAUGAUCUGGGAGCCUGAAGUCUGAUGGAUCGUAUUGCACACUGACGUAGCGGGUUAUGCGAAAAAAAUCACCUGGUCAGGUAUCGGUAUAUCUGUAAUCGAAACUUAAAUUCUCGUGUUCUAGUGAGAUGCGGAUAAAAAGGUAGUGUGAUAAGAUGGUAACUACAAUUCACUUCGGAAUAGUAAUACUAUGGAUCAAGGGGCUAGUACAUUUGUGUAACAUUCCAUUACUCCUUCUUAGUAGAGCAUGCCCCGAUGGUGUGUAAAUAGGCCAAAGAUGAUAUACGGAGCGGAGUAUAGGUUCCAUCAAUAUGUUGGGGUGUAGAGGUAAUUUUAAAAGAAGUGAGACCAGUAGGCUCUCAGUGCCAAAAGAAAAGAGGAGAGAAAUGAAAGAGUACUCUAUACCCAUUCAAAACUUCAUAUGAAUGAAAAAUUAUUAAAUGGAGACCUCUAGUGGGAUACAACCCUUUCUCAGAGGAACGUCUGUAAAAUGGCAUCUAGAUCCAUAGAGAGAAAAGUGAGAGAUGAAUAGAUAUACAAAUAUAUCUGAAAGGAGAGGAGGGUCUGUAUCAAGAUAUCUAGAUCCAUAGAGAGGAACAUGAGAGAUGAAUAAAAUUACAAAU